AUGUCACAACCACCACAAAACGGUCCUCCACCACCUGUUAAACCCCAGCAGCCCCAACCACCGCCUUUGCAUCCAGAGAUUCGCUCAGUCGUCGGGCUCAAGGCAUCGCAUGCCCACAAGAUAUAUUUCUCAGGCCCAUUGGUCAGGAGGAUCGAGCGACAACCGGAUGGACAGAAGCCGACUAAGGAUGAGGGCUGGGUGGACGUCUGGGCUCAACUUGGCGGCACAAUUCUCAGCAUCUGGGACAUGAACGAGGUUCAAGAGGCCAGUCGUCAGGGUAGGGAGGUUCCACCGACAUACGUGAACGUUACCGAUGCAUUUGUGCAAGUUCUGGGCUCUGUAACGGUACCUGCGACAGCGAGCGCCGGCCCUAGACGAUAUUCAAACGUCCUCACUCUCAAUACAGCAGGUUCAAAUCUGCUGCUGUUCUCGUGCCCGUCCACUGCCGCGCUCAUAUCUUGGGCGGCAGCCUUGCGCCUUGCUGCCUGGGAGAAGUCCAGAUUAGAAGAGAUAUACACAGCCCAUCUCAUUCGAAUUACCCUAUCCUCACGGGAUUCACCAACAACCCUCGUGCGCGGCAAACUCGAGGGAUGGGCGCGGAUACGCAUUGCUGGUCAAACAGACUGGAAACGAGUCUGGGUAUCCAUUUCCCAAGGAGCCGAGAUCUCGACUCCUGGCAAUUCCAACCCAACAACUCCCAACCAUCCUGAUUCUCGCUUCGCCGCUUCUCCCAUCCCAGGACAGCAACCUGGAGGGAAGAGGCGUUUGUCGAACUUGUUCUCGAGGGAGCACAGUCCGCAACGCCCUGCUUUACCGACGAAGCCCACCAUCACCAUGUACACGGGGAUGAAGCCAAAGGAAAGGAAGAAGCCGUUGCUGACUGUGACGGAUGUUUCACAGGCGUUUGCGGUGUAUCCUGAACGUCCUGAGUUGAUCAGUCGCAGCACCCUGAUCAAGGUCGAAGGAUUGCUUGGAGACGAAGAGUUGGCUGGAUCAAUGAAGAGUCGUGAGGGAUGGGUGCUCCUGAUGCCUGAGUUGGAGGGUGCAGCUGGACAGAAUCUCCAACUGAGCAAAGAAAUGCUGAAAUGGCUUGUUGCGCUUCAUGAUGCCUUUGGGAUGUACGGGCGACCAGCUGGAUGGACAUGGGAUCCUCGGGAUCCAGUCUCUUUGAUGUUUGGCUACCCAGUGGGUCCCAACAAAGAGCAUCUGUUCCUUGACCGAGAAGUCGUUGAAAAUAUGGAUCCAAGGGACGACCGAACCUCCGUCAUUCGAUCCCACUUGCGAGACUUGCUACUGGACUUCAUGCGUUCGACCACUGUUCAAGUAGUUCCCCGACCUGGACAACUAGCUCCGCAGGUUCAGCAACAGCAACAGCAGCAACCCGUCAAUAGCGAUCUUCCUCCAUCUUUGCCUCCCAUUAACGGCUUGGGAGAGAAUGGCACAAAUCCGACCGGGCAAGGUUCACAACAACCAAUACUUGACGGACAAGGCAGACCACUGACUCCUAUCACUGAAGGUGGAAGCAUCCUGACUCAUACCAACACACUCAAUACACUCCCCGGCGGGUCGAUGGAUUUGAACAACACUGUUCAGUCAAGCAUCCCUCAAAGGAAUGGGUCUGGGACAGACCAGCAAUCUCAAAUAGGACGGCCUCUUUCCCCCUUGAACCAGCAGCAACAGCCGUCAACCACGGUGCUGGGUCGCGAAGUCUCGAAUAGCCCCACACCUCUUAGCCCAGUAUCCUCGAACCCCGCCUCGACCAACGGACAAGCCCCCAGUCCUACCCCAGUCGAUACUGGCUCCUACUUCCCUCCGAUAGAUCCUGUAGGACUACAAUCCUCUCAAGGGACCACGCCUCCAACUCGACCCUCCACUGAUAACGGUCUCAUUGGGAGGAUCGGGACCCCGCCAGUUUCUAAUAUCCGACCUCUCUCUCCCAAUAGGAAAGGAACGCCCAACAGUAACUCCAUCCACCAGACUUCCAAUCCUUCGUCACCCUACCAAUCCCCGCGACUCGUCCAACAAAGCACUAUGUCAAAAGAAGAUUCGGGGCUUCCGUUUACGCCCAUCACUGAUCAACUUUCGAGAACUCGCACAACCCAGUCUGCAACUACGUCAACCAAGUCAGAUGGAACUUCAAAUUUAUCCUACGCCAAGGAGGCAGAAGUGCUCAAUAACCAGCAGGCUUUGCAGCGACAACCGCAAGAGCGGCAAGAACCUUCUAAAGCCCCCGCCCCAUCCAACGCGGCCGACGACAGUAACGAUUUCACCAACGAGGCCGGUGCACUCUUCUUCAUGGCUGUCAACAAUUCCAACGGUAACCUCACAAACCCGACAGCAAUUUCGCGGCAACGUAUCCCCGCUGAUGAUAACGAUGACGAUUCGGACUCACAAUCGUCGGCUGAAGCACUUGUGCAGAGGCCGGCAGUCCAAAAGCCUCUGAACACUGAAGAUAGCGACAGGCCAGGAUCGACGCAGCAUGCGAGUACCGACAAUGCAAGACAUCAACCUGUUCGGCAGAGCACCCCUAUGGCAUUUUUCAACCGCCCAUCAGCCAUCAAUUCCCCGGAUGGCCAGUCAUCAAACACAACGACUGAGGUGGCGAAUGCCAACCAGCAUCCACACUCAAGUUACGCCAGUUCGUCGUCUCCUUCACCUUCAGCGACAUCUUUAUCCGGGCAAGCGUCCCCGUCGUUACCUGGUGAACCCGUUACCGGAACUCGAUUUGGAGAUCGGUCCGGACGCAAUUUGGCGGCGUUGGGACGUAAGCCUUCUGGAGCACGUGCUCCCCAGCCCGUGGUGAAAGGUUAUAGCGGCGGCAGCCAGGUGGCUGGCUCUUCCUCAUCUUUGCAACUUCACCAACAGCGUUUGGCUCACCACGUUGAAGCGUCCGACGAGACAGGUGACGACAGCGAAGCUAGUCAUCUACCGCCACGAGAUCGACAGCGACAGUUCCACCAGCAGCCGCAACAACCUUUGCCAAGCAGCGUGACGAGUGGUACUCCGAUGGCCCGAGUUCAGCAACAACAUCCCUCGCACGACGAUGGAACGAGCAAUGCAGAGGUUCUGGCUGCUCUGGCGUAUUUGGAUGUCAACGACGACGAUCGUCAGCAAUCAAGAACAGGGGUGGGAUCAACAUCGACACCUCCUACCUCUCCACCGAUGAUCCAGCAAUCCGAUUCCAUGAAAGACGAAGGCUACACGUCGGCUUCGAAUACCAACUUCCAGGAAUCGUCUUCGGGUGGAUCUACGACGUUCAAGUCUUCCUUCGCUCCAUCCAAAAACGCAGAGGAAAGGAAGAAAAAGGCUCAAGCUCAGCAGGCCGCGCAACAAGCUGCUCUACAGCGGCCUGGUAGAGCUGGUGGGAAGAAGAAGAGGCCCCCUGUCGUGGCCGGCGGGUGGAAUGAUAGCUCGGAUGAAGAAGAGGAGGAAGAAGAGGAAGAGGAAGAAGAGGAUGACGAUGUUGAUUCGGAUGGAGGAACCCCUGCCAAUGCACCACCUAGGAUGCAGCAACAGAUGAGGAGCGUUUCUGGACAACAGCUGCCGCAGCAAGCGUUCGGAGCAGGAAGCCUGUACCCCAGUGUCGAACACCCGUCGGAAGGAUAUUCGCAGCUCCGUCCACCUAGAAAUUUGCCUCAAAUCCCUGGUGGUAGUCGUCCACUGACCACGACCGAGCUCCAGCAGCAAGCGAUGGGCCCUCGUCGUCUAGUUUCAGACCAGUACGCCGAGAGCGUUCGCCAAACGUAUUACGACGACGGUUCGAGGCCUCCGGGACCCAGCGAAAUUCAGUAUGGUGCUGCGCGACAGAAUGUCUGGAGUCAGGUUUUGGAUUCCAAGGCUGCGCCAUUCCAAACACCCAACGAACAAACCGGCAACGGUCGCGACACCUUCGUACAACUUGAACCUUCGGAAACCAUGACCAAAGCCUUUACGCCACAGGGUUUGCUCAGUGCCGGCCUCCAAGACAAGCAGGAUCGAUCGGCCAAGCGUCAAGAAGAGCUCGCCAGAGAGACUGGUGCAUCGCUUAUCAACGUCCCCAACAAGCCGCCUCCUCCACAGACUGGCCUUCUUGGAGCUAUCACCGCGCACGAAAGAGAGAGGAAGAGGGAAGGAGGUGUCGGAGCUACGCUUACGGAGCGGGAGCGUGAAAAGAGAAUGGCGGAGGAGAGGCAGAGGCGAUUCGACGAGGCACAGAGGGCACAGUUGGACCAGAUGCAGCAGGGUGGCUCGGUGUACGGUGCACCUGGACAGUUUGGGAUGAUGAACCCGAUGAUGAACCCUAUGAUGAUGGGUGGUAUGAACCCGAUGAUGGGUAUGAACCCUAUGAUGACUGGAGGAGGGCUCAACCCGAUGAUGACAGGGGGAGGGAUGAAUCCCAUGAUGACUGGAGGCGGGCUGAACCCUAUGAUGACGGGAGGAGGAAUGAACCCUAUGAUGGGCUACGGGAUGAUGGGUGGUUUCAAUCCUCAACAUCUCUUCGCUGCACAGCAAGCUGCACAAGCCUACCAGCAAGCCAUGAUGGCGUUCUCCGUUGCCGGCUCCCAGAUCGGCGGCGAGGGAGGCAACGGCGGUGGAAGUCCUCAGCAGCAGCAACCUCUCAAUCCCAACAUGACUGGUGGAAACUUCGACCCUAGGAUGUCGAUGAACAUGAUGGGGAUGCCUGGGAUGAUGAACCCUCAGAUGACGGGUAAUCCUCAGAUGCAGAUGCCACCGAUGGGUAUGCAAAUGACCGGUGGUGGCAUGUCACAAAUGGAUCCCAGGUUUAGCGUUGCUGGUGGUGGAAUGGGCAUGGGCAUGGGCAAUGGCAACUCGCCUGGAGGACUCGCUGAGCCGGUCCCGUUGGGUGCCUCGGCCAUGAACCCUGCCAAUCUCACACCAGGCAACUUCACACCCAACAGCGUUGGGAGGUCGUCGCCUCUGGGCAGAGGGUCACCGAUGGGGAGAGGGUCUCCUUUGGCUCGCUCUCCUGUCACUGGAGACACUCCGAACGACAGUCGAGUGGCGUCUUAG